AGGAUUUAGAUGCACUUAAAAUUGUGUUAUGUUUGACAAUAUCAAAAUUUCUUCACAAUCAUAAUUAAAAUAGAAUGUGCACAUAAUUUCAAGAGGAUAAAUUUAUACUAAAUUUUUGUUGGAAUUCUUUUUAAUAUCAUACCCUUCUAUUUCAAUCCCCUGUCACAAAUUUAAUUACCAACAAAUGUAUUUUUGUUUUUUUUUACAUUAGAUAAUUUGGGUAAAAUGAUUGCCUAUUUUUCUUUUCCAUUUUGUAUAACAGGAAUGCUUUAAUAGUUGCAUAAGUCUAAAGAAACACCAUCAUUUAUCAUUUUCAUUUUAUGCAAUGCUAGGAAUUCAUGGGAAUGGAUCUUGACUUAGAUUCAAAUGAUUUACAAUGUGGGAAUGAGAAUCCAGUGGAUUGUGAAGAAGAUGUUGAUCAUGGAAAUGAGAUUGGUAAUCGAGAUACUUUUGAAUGUAAUGACAACAUCGACAAAGGCCCUGAAAUUGGUAUGGAGUUUGAUUCACUGCAGAGUGCUUAUUCAUUUUACAAAAAUUAUGCCAAGAAUAUUGGAUUUGCUGUGGCAACUAAGGCUAGUCGGCGAUCAAAGAUAUCUAGGCAAUUUAUUGAUGUGAAAUAUGCAUGCACAAGACAUGGAUCAAAGAGGGAAUCUAAUGCUGUUAAUCCACGACCUUGUUUGAAGAUGGAUUGUAAGGCGACAUUACAUAUCAAAAGAAAACAGGAUGGGAAGUGGUUUGUUCAAAAUUUGAUUAAGGAUCGUAAUCAUGAGCUUUUUCCAGCAGAUUCUCAUUUUUUCCCCUACCAUAGGAGAAUU